AACCCUUCCUCGUGCAAUGACAUCAUGUUGGACAAUUUCGCAACGUGCAAUACGCACAUACUGUACAUUCAAGCACUGACAGGAAGCCAAACAGAGAAGCGGGUCUUGCACGGCGGCAAGAAGGAGCUCCGCUUGACUUUUCAGACAACUGGCAAGCUUCACUCGCUCUGAGGAUGCUGCUGAACCUCACCAACCAAACGGAAACAGAGGACGGCUUCUCCUGCUUCAGUCCUUCGGUAGAAGCGUACCGCUACUUUGCCGUGCUGUGGGGAUGUUGCGUCACCGUCACUGGCACGGUGGGGAACCUGAUGACCGUUCUGGCGUUUGUGUCAGACUCGCAACUGAGGACCCGCUUCAACGUGCUCAUUGUCAACCUGGCUGUGGCGGACCUCCUGUACUGCACCGUACUGCAGCCCAUCUCCGUCGACUCCUAUCUCCACCUCCGAUGGCGCAGCGGCGAGCUCUGGUGCAGGACCUUCGGCCUGCUCCUCUUCCUCUCCAACUCCGUCUCCAUUAUCACCCUCUGCUUGGUAGCUGUCAGUCGAUACUUGCUGGUAGACAAGAGGGCCGUUUUUGACCGUGUUUUCUCAAACCGUGGACUCAUUUUCCUCCUGAUGGCGACGUGGGCGCUCGGCCUGUCCAGCUUCCUCCCACUCUGGUCCGUUUACGUGUUUGUGCCUCAGGUGUGCACAUGCAGCUUCCAUCGAGUCAGGGGCCGCCCCUACACCACCAUUCUGCUCUUUUCCUACUUCUUUUUGGGAUUGGGCUGCGUCGGCACCUUCUAUCUCCUCAUUUACCGACGUAUCCGCGUUGCAUCCAAGGCCUUGCUCCGCUACAGGCUCAGCCGGCGGUCUUCCAAGAGGAACGCCCCUCCGGCACCAGAGACGGACGACAGCGGUGUGGAGAGUAGCAUGCCCACUUGCAGCAGUGAGCUGAGCAGCCACGGUGACAGUUCUGUCCAAAAAUCACAGCACAAACCCACAGAGCAACUGAAAGCUAACAAGCCCAACCCCGACGUUGUCAUUAAGGCACCUGCAAGCCCCCCCGCGCCCACCACCGCAGGUUCAGGAGAGGAUUCCGAAUUUAAGCGUGUGACGCGCAUGUGUUUUGCGGUUUUCCUGUGUUUCGUCUUUUGCUUUGUCCCCUUCCUGAUACUCAACAUUGUGGAUAAACGGGGCAGUGCCCCCCAGGUGCUGCAUAUGUUGUGUGCAAACCUCACCUGGCUCAACAGCUGUAUCAACCCCAUCCUCUACGCUGUCAUGAAUCGGCAGUUCCGAAAGGCCUACCACGUGCUGCUCACCAAGGCAGCGUCGCCCCUGGCAUGCCUCUGGGUGAAAAGCUCUUAAAUUCCUGCGUGCGGAACGUACACUCAGCUAAAUCCUUCUUUCUACCCCUGCUGAUUUUCCAAGUCUGCCCCCAUACAGUUUUUAUGGCAGACGUAUAUGAAGACCACAAUUCUUCUGUUUCAAGCGCGCGCACCUCCUUGUUAAAUCUUUCUCGUGUGACGUGAGACCUCUGUGUCAGGGGCGAGGGGAACUUACCCAGGUUUUCCCAGCCCGCUACAUCCAGAUCUAGCAGGACAGAGCAACCCGUUCGUAUUGUACCCGACGCGGAAUCCUCCACUUUAAAGCUGCUCCCCCUCGGCUUUGGUUGGUUGCUCUCGGUGAGGACCUGGGAUCGUUUACGAGGACAUGAAAAGAAAUCUCUAGAACAAUACUGCGUACUCUUUUAUACCACAGAACACCCAGGUGACGCUCUCUUUAAGAAUAAAAAGUUUAAUAAUAAAAUAGGGGGCAAGGGUAUAUAAGCAGUGAAAUUAUAAAAAGGAUAGUAACUUUCUUAAAGAUGAUAAAUAGCUCACAUAGAUCACAGAUUACCUAAAAAGGCCGCUAAUGUUCAAAACGCUUUCCCCAACCUUACCUUGGUAGAUAUCCUGGAGGUUGAGUACAAAUUCACUGCAGGCUUGAAACCUCCAUUUCUGAACGGCCCUGAGUUUUCAUACAAUACACUAAGUCCCCAACUAACGCACACAAUUGGUUCCAGACGACCGUUUGCAAGUGGAUUUGUUGGUAAGUCCAACAAAAGGUAAUAUUAGCAAUGAUAUAGGUACUACAUGUACCUGUAUACAUAUACAGUAUAUGUGUAUGUAUGUAAAUAUGAGUUUGGAUGCAGUAGUAAUAUUAAACGCACGCUCUGUCCGGGUUGCAUCGUACAGCUACAAUUUAGCUUUGCAUUUGUCCUUUACACUCUCCCCACCUUCUUCCUCACCUGUUGGUCCCAUUAGCAGUGUCACAGUGCCCUCUACUGGUCAUGCUUGUAGCAGUAUAAAUAUGGAGUUACUACAAGGCAAAAUACAUGAAAAUAUAGAGCAGUCAGCUUGCGUUCGUAUCUCCGAAUGUUCGCAAGCCGGAUGUUUGUAAGUUGAGGACCUAAUGUAUUGCGCAAAACAAACGAGACUGUCUGCCCCGUAUCACAUCAUUGCGCAGAAUGGAGUGGCCAAACGUAGCACCCUGCUGACUAACUGCCCGUGCUUUUUAUUUUAUUAUUAAGUGUGACAGCUAAAUAACACGGCAUGAAGCCAAAGAAAGUUGCGAGCAGCAGCAACUUGAUAAAGAAAGUGAGAAACACGACUGAACGCUCGCCGUCUCGGCCCACAGGAGUCUUCGAUAAAGGUAAAAAUGAUGUUCAUUUCAUGCGUCAUUUAUAAUGUAAAACUAUUAUUCUCUUUCAAAUGUAUUUUUUUAAUAUCUUUGGGCAUCUGCGGUGGAUUCAUUGGGUUCAUAUUAUUUCCCAUGAGCAAAAUAUUGCCUCGGUUUUUGAACGUUUCAGUUUUCGUUUGACUUUUUGGAACAAAUUAACGACAAAAACCGAGUUGGCGCUUUAGCAACAUAAAAAAAUACCACCCCCCCCCAAAAAACAUUAAAGGUAAUAAAUUCAUUUGUAUUUAAGAGGAAAAAAAUAUUUGAUCCCCUUCCAACCAGCGAGAAUUUCCUUCAUUUGGAGAAAAUGAUGAAGUUUCAUGAUAUCAUGCUGAUAUCAUGGGACGGCUCCACCUCCUCUGCAAGAAAGCGUCCAUGUGGAAAAACACUGGAGACCUGAGCAGAGGAGACGGUGAUGUUCCUUUCCCAAAAUGCAAGUUUGUUUUCUCUUCCAGCAUCACACACACACACGGGGAACGCGGUAGCGACAAGUCAGGAACACUGCAUCCCUAAAAACCUUCCUUCAUCCAUGUUCUGCGCCACGCGUCCUCUGCAGGGUGGCGGGGGUAGGCUGGAGCCAGCGGCGGGCUAAAUUUACGUGUUGAACGUGUCAAUGGAUAUGCAUUGUCUCAUUUGAAAUGAAUAAGAAAUGAUAAAUUGUUUUAUUGUAACAUUUCAGUGUACUACAGUAUGUGGCUGUGAGACAAGUUGUCAACCAUCUUGACAAUAAGUCAAGUAAUAAAGGUUAUUUUGUAAUACACGUUACAUUCUUACGACAUUUGUGUUGCAUGAAAGCCCGCCAGCAGGAAUUUACCAUCUGGCACAA